AAAUUUUUACAAGCAAAGAUUGACAUCUUCUGAAGAUAGAGAUCAAGCAUAACCGAUAAUAAGGAUAGGACCUCAAAAAAGCAGUCGGGAUUUAAGAUGAAGAAAGAGAGUAGAAGCAUUAAGACUUUAUUAAAAUCAAAUCAAAACCGAAAAUAAAUGAUUAAGAGUGAUGAAAAGCUUCAGUUUGAUUUGAAAAGAAAAACACAACAAAAUUCCGCAAACGGAAACUACAAAUCGCCUAAGCGAAAAGAGAAUUCGCCUAAGCGAAAAGAGAAUUCGCCAUGCGAAAGUCAAAAUCGAUCCUAAGAUCGAAAUAUUUACAACCAAAAGAUGAGACAUCUCAUCUCUUCUUCUCCCGUGAAAGAUCCAGAGAGAGAGAACGGUGAGAAGAGAGAGAGAGUCUCGUACUCGAGUUUUGACCAAAGGGAACAUAUACAAACUAUCUGUAUUUGUAUUUUCGUUCUUUUAACAUUCUAAAUUAUUUAUUUUGGGGGUUAAAUUGUAGAGAUCAAUUCUUAGAGCCGUGUUCAGUGGGAAAGGGCCAAGAUGAGUAGAUUUUGUUUCUCAGCAGAGACAAAGACUAUGGUCCGAAUCUUGAGUAGUUUGGUUUCAUUCACAAAGUCUAGAUUUAGACCCUUUUUUGUUUUUUAGGGAAGAAAACAAAAAAAGAGUCUUUCUCAUAUUUUGGCAGUUGGGAGUUAUCUUGUCCACGAGAUCUACCUACCACCAGCUCCUAAGUAUUAAAAGGCGAUGAUUUGUAUGGAAAAGAUAAAAGAAAAACAUGUUGAAGAACAUAAGAGAACUGAGUAGCGAGGAUUAUGUGAAAGCUGGAUUGAGUUUGGAAGAGGCCAAGGGGUUUCAGAAAGUGGUAAAAGAUGUGAUUUCAAGAGCUAUUGACCCAAUAGUUCAGUGGAAGGCUUUGGUGGAUGAGAGUGUACUCAAGCCAUGGCAUCCUCAUCCUCUGCACCAGCUUCUCUAUUACUCUAUCUAUUCAAACUGGGAUUCCUCUAUCCAUGGCCCUCCUCUCUAUUGGUUCCCUUCUCCAUCUCUGUCAAAAUCCACAAACUUAGGAAGGCUAAUGGAAAUUCACGGGCCAAGGCUUCUUGGUGCUUCAUAUAAAAAUCCUAUAGAAAGUUUUGAGCUAUUCAGGAGAUUCUCAGUUGAACACCCUGAUGUUUAUUGGUCUAUCGUUAUCGAUGAGCUUUCACUUGUGUAUCACACUCCUCCGAGGUGCAUCCUUGAGAAAUCAAGACCUGAAGGGACAUGGCUUCCUGAUGCAGUUCUCAACAUCGCUGAGUGUUGUCUGAUGCCUUCAAGCCAUUCCCAAAGGGAAGAUGAUAGUUUGGCUGUUGUAUGGCGAGAUGAAGGCUCUGAUGAUGCUCCUAUCAAUCGAAUGACAUUCAGAGAACUCCGCCAGCGAGUAAUGUUGGUGGCGAAUGCGAUAAGUGGAAGCUUUGCAAAGGGUGACACGAUUGCAAUAGAUAUGACAAUGACAGUCGAUGCAGUGAUUAUCUAUCUUGCAAUCAUAUUAGCUGGCUGUAUUGUUGUCUCCAUCGCAGACAGCUUUGCAGCUAAAGAAAUUGCAACAAGGUUGAAAAUCUCCAAGGCAAAAGGCAUUUUCACUCAGGAUCAUGUACUCAGAGGAGGUCGGAGAUAUCCUUUAUACAGUCGGGUGGUUGAAGCUGGUCCAUCAAAGAUCAUUGUCCUCCCAGCUUCAGGGACUGAACUGCGCGUUCAGUUAAGAGAGCAGGACAUACAGUGGAAGGAUUUUCUGUCCAAAGCGAGUGGAGAGAACAAGUAUCGCCCCAUCUAUCUACCUGUCAACUCUGUGAUUAAUAUUCUCUUCUCAUCUGGAACUACAGGUGAACCGAAAGCUAUACCUUGGACACAGCACUCGCCAAUCCGUAGUGCUUGUGAUGGAUGGGCUCAUCUUGAUGUCAAAGUGGGUAACACAUAUUGUUGGCCUACGAAUCUUGGAUGGGUGAUGGGACCAACUCUUAUAUUUUCUUGCUUUCUGACCGGUACAACGCUUGCCCUCUAUCACGGGUCUCCCCUCGGCCGCGGUUUUGGAAAGUUUGUUCAGGAUGCUGGAGUAACGGUUCUUGGUACUGUUCCAAGCUUGGUGAAAACUUGGAAGAGGACAAACUGUAUGGAAGGCCUUAACUGGACAAAGAUAAAAUAUUUCGCCACUACAGGGGAAGCUUCCAAUGUUGAUGAUGUUCUCUGGCUUUCUUCUAAAGCUUAUUAUAAACCUGUGAUCGAAGUUUGUGGAGGUACAGAACUCGCUUCUUCCUACAUCAUUGGAAGCCCUCUUCAACCUCAGGCGUUUGGAGCGUUUAGCACACCCUCCAUGACUACUAGAAUCAUCAUCUUUGACGAAAACGGCGUCCCAUAUCCGGAUGAUCAACCGUGUACUGGAGAAGUUGGUUUGUUCCCGCAGCACUUUGGGGCCACGGAUAGACUUCUGAACGCAGACCAUGACGAAGUUUAUUUCAAGGGAAUGCCAAUGUAUAAAGAAACACGACUUAGAAGACAUGGUGACAUCUUAAAGAGAACCGUAGGAGGAUAUUUCACUGUUCAAGGCAGAGCUGAUGAUACCAUGAACCUUGGAGGAAUCAAGACAAGUUCUAUUGAGAUAGAAAGAGUGUGUGAUCAAGCCGAUGAAUGCCUCUCUGAGACUGCUGCAGUCAGCAUAACGCCGCCUAACGGUGGUCCAGAGCUACUGGCCAUAUUCGCAGUCUUGAAAGAAGGGUUCAAGAAACAGAGCGAAGAAGAGCUCAAGAGAAAAUUCUCAAGAGCCAUUCAAAAAGAUCUUAAUCCUCUCUUCAAGGUGCGUUUCGUGAAGAUUGUGGCUGAGUUUCCAAGAACAGCUUCCAACAAGUUACUGAGAAGAGUGUUGAGAGAUCAAAUGAAUCAAGAAAUACGAUCCGUAAGGAGUCGAAUAUAAAAGCUAUGGAGAGCAGAGAUACUAUUGGACAACGUUGGUGUUUUAUUGACUAUGAUCCUAUUAAUAAAUAAGAUAACAAUUAUGUUGCAA